AUGCCAUCCGUUCUAGUCUGGUGCAUAAGAAUCCAAGUCUCUGAGGAAGGUGACACGGUGUGCAACCCACUGGACAAAGAGCUUUGGCUGCCACCUCCUGUGGCAAGCCUGGCCAGGAAGCUCCUCCUGAUCAUUGCAAUUCUGCUGUUCCAGAAUCCCACAGUAACUGAACAACUUAAGAGAUGCUGGGGUGAAUAUAUACGAGGAUAUUGCAGGAAAAUAAAAAUAAGUGAAAUACAUGAAGUACUAUGUGAGAAUGGGAGAUACUGUUGCCUCAAUAUCGUGGAAUUGGAAGCACGUAAAAAAAUUACAAAGCCACCUCGUCCAAAGCCAAGGACAUAUGCAGUGACUUUCCCUCAAGAUUAUGAUAUAAACAUAGAAAAUUAUUCAAGACCCAAGGCAAACUCUACAUGAAUCAA